AUGGCCUCUUCACACGCGCGGACGUCCUCACAAAAACUCCACUUGGGAUCCACGGCGGCGAUAACAUUGUUCAUUCUCACACACUCGCUCUCGGUCACCCACGACCCGAGAUAUGGGAUUCACAGGCCCACGGAUGUGGUGGAGCGCUUUGAGGAUGUGCCAGAAUGCAUGGAGUACUUCUAUAAAGAAAAGGUGCCAGAGUGGGGGGCUUCUAUACCCGGUGCGUCCCGCCUCUGUCAGCGCUUCAGCAACAGAUAUCACUUUGCCACGCUGUACGACACGAUCCAUCGCAUCGCCGUCUACGCCGCCUAUCACUUCCAGCCCAGCAAUGGCGGAGGCAGGGAGGGAAGGUGGUUUGUGGAGCCUCAGCUGGUGAACAUGUCCUGGCAAGCAGAGAUGAAGGAUGGCUACUGGCUGGGGAGGGACUACCCUGGGGUCUACCAAGGAGAGAGACAGGCCCUGAACGAGGACUACACACACUCUGGCUUCGACCGCGGUCACCUCAACCCCAACGGACACCACGCAGUCCCCAGCCGCAACGCCACUUUCACCCUCACCAACGUGGUGCCCCAGAACCCCAAGCUGAACCAGAACGCCUGGAGGAUCCACGAGUCCCAGCUCACCAACCUGUUCCGGGCCCAGUGCUCUAAGGCCUUCGUGCUGGUCGGCGCCGUCCCCUCUGCAGACAACUGGAUUGUGAAGAACAACGUGAAGCGCGUCAACAUCCCGGACUACCUGUGGAACGCCCACUGCUGCGUGGACAACAACGGCAGACCUGUUCUGAGUGGCGCCGCCACGGCGAGGAACACGGAGAACAACUGGGUGGAGAAGCUCUCACUGGAUGAACUGGGAGAAUUCCUCCAGCAGUUCUCCGAUCAGCCAGUAGGGGAGCUGUUUUACAAAAACUGCAGGGCGUAA